AUGGAGGAGACGUGCGGGCGGUACGACACGGUGCUGAAUCCGGGCUGCCACUUUAUGCCCUGGUGCGUCGGCCGGAGGGUCGCCGGCUACCUCUCCCUCCGUGUGCAGCAGCUGGACGUCCGCUGCGAAACCAAGAGCAAGGACAACGUCUUUGUCACCGUGGUGGCGUCCGUGCAGUACCGCGCCAUCGCCAACAAGGCCUACGACGCCUUCUACCGCCUCAGCAACGCCCGGGAGCAGUCCUACGUCUUCGACGUGAUCUGUGCGAGCAUGCCCAACAUGAACCUGGACCAGGUGUUCGAGCAGAAGAACGAGGUGGCGCGGGCCAUGGAGGAGGAGCUGGCCAAGGCCAUGAUCAUGUACAGCUACGAGAUCGUGCAGACGCUCAUCGUGGAGGCCGAGAAGAUACAGCAGGUGAAGCGUGCCGAGGGGGAGGCCGAGUCCAAGUACCUGGCCGGCAUGGGCGUCGCGCGCCAGCGGCAGGCCAUCGUGGAGGGCCUGCGCCGGUUCGUGCCCGACGAGAAGUCCGUCAUGGACAUGGUCCUCGCCACGCGGUACUUCGACACCAUCAGGGACAUCGGCGCCACGUCGCGCGCCGCCACCGUGUUCAUCCCGCACGGUCCCGCCGCAGUCCACGAUGUGGCUGCGCAGGUCCGCGACGGCGUGCUCCAGGCCGCGGCGUACGCUCCCGGCGCCGGAACCAAGUGA